AUGGCGCCACACACAGACCCUCGCUGCAUCCACGCGCAGGCCGUUACGAGAGGCGUGCUGCCCACUCCCCAGACCCGAGCCUUCUUCAACAACCUCAUCACCCUCUACUCCGCCCACGACCUCAACUCCUCAGCUCUCCGCCUCUUCCGCUCCAUCCCUUGCCCCAACACCGUCACCUGGACCGCCGUCAUCUCCGCCUUCUCCACCUCGCCCCCAGUCGCCUUCGCCCUCUUCCUCUCCAUGCUCCGCCACCCCCGCCGCACCCUCCCCAACGCCCGCACCCUCGCGACCCUACUCAAGACCUGCGCCUCCUCGCCCGGCAGCUCCCUCGGCCAGCAGCUUCAUUCCCUCUCCCACAAGCUCGCCCUGCACCAGGACCCCUACGUGGGCUCGGCCCUCGUUUCCUUCUACUGUAAAGCCCGCGACCCUGACUCCGCGAACAAGGUGUUCGAUGAAAUGUCCGAAACAGACAGGGUUUGCUUCUCGGCCUUAAUUAAUGGGCUAGCCAAGAAUUCAAGGCCCAUUGACGCCCUCCGGCUUUUUUCUGAGAUGAGAAGGCGGGAUGUGCCCUCCACCUUUCACAGUGUAUCCGGCGCUUUAUCUGCUGCUUCCAAGGCAACCUUGCUCGACCAGUGCAUGGCCAUUCAUGGCCACGCAGUUGUAAUCGGGCUGGACUCAGAUGUCUACGUGGGGACUGCGCUGAUUGACAUGUACGGAAAAUGCGGGGUUAUUGAUUAUGCGGGCCAGGUCUUCGACGGGCUUGUCCUGAAUCUGAAUGCUGCAGGCUGGAAUGCAUUAAUCGCAGGCCACGCGCUGCUCGGGAGCCAUGAAAAAGUUGUCGGGCUUUUUCGGUCGAUGGAGGACCUCGGGCUCGAGCCCGACGAGUACACUUUCCUGGCAGUCUUGACGGCUUUCUACAAUGCGGGCUUGGUAAGGGAAACUGAAACGUGGUUGAAUAAGAUGAAGGUAGAGUACGGAAUAGAGGCGAAAAUCGAGCACUACACAUGUCUUGUGGGUGCACUGGGGAGAGCAGGGAGAUUGGAAGAGGCGGAGAGAGUGGCUAUGACUAUGCCUCACGAGCCCGAUGCUGCCAUGUGGCGGGUUUUGCUGUCGAGCUGUGCAACUAACAAAGGAAAUCAUGAAAUUGGCUGGAGAAUGGCAGGGAAACUGUUGGAGAUUGACCCAAACGAUGACUCGGCUUAUGUUAUCCUAGCAAACGUGCUUGCACGUGACGGGAAAUUUGAUGGGGUUAAAGAAGUGUGGCGUAUGAUGAGAGAGAAAGGGGUUCGGAAAGAGGUCGGAAGGAGUUGGGUCGAAGUGCGUGGGAGAUGUCACGUGUUUAUUUCCGGGGACGUGCGGCAUUUUAGAAAAGACGACAUUUUUGCCAAGCUGAAGGAGUUGAUGGUGGGGAUUGAGAAAUUGGGAUAUGUGCCUAAAUGGGAGGGAGCACCGCGUGAGCUGGAGGAGAGAGAGAAGAGGGAGAUUCUUUGGAGCCAUAGCGAGAAAUUGGCGGCGGCCUUUGGGCUGUUGAGUGGGAUUACGCCGCCAGGAAAGCCGCUGAGGAUCACGAAGAAUUUGAGGAUUUGUGGGGAUUGUCAUGAGGCUUUCAAGUACAUGUGUGUGGUGGCAGGUAGAGAGAUCAUAGUGAGGGAUGUUCAUAGGUACCACCGCUUCUUGAAUGGGAGUUGUUGUUGUGGUGAUUCGUGGUAG